GACACCAACUUGACAAGAAGAUGAAAACAACAACAUUUGCAAAAGAGUGAAGUUACCUAACUAAUGUCAAAGUAUUAACGUCGUUGACGCUGUUGCAUGCAACCCUAUGGUUGUACCCCGACCUAUUAUUCUAUGUUAAUUCCAACCUGACAUCAUGAUAUUGGACGUUGAUGGAAUGCCAGUCUACUUUCCCUACGAAUUCAUUUACCCAGAGCAGUACUCCUAUAUGCUUGAUCUGAAGAGGGCACUGGAUGCAAAGGGUCAUUGUUUACUGGAGAUGCCUUCAGGAACAGGCAAAACAAUAACACUGCUGUCAUUGAUCGUCUCAUACCUUCGAGCUUUCCCACAAAAUUUGACAAAACUUAUUUAUUGUUCGCGAACAAUACCGGAGAUUGAAAAGGUUAUAGAAGAACUUCGUAAAUUAAAAGGUUACAUUGAAAAAGAAACUGGUGCGCCACCUAACAUAACUGGCUUGGCUCUUGCAUCCAGAAAGCACCUGUGCAUCAAUCCAGAGGUUAAUAAAGCUCGUGAUGGCAAGCUUAUAGAUAGUGGGUGUCAUGCCCUCACAGCAUCAUAUGUGAGAUCAAGGGCACAGAGAGAUGACACAAUUCCACAGUGUGAUGUUUUCGAAAAGUUUGACCUUCACGGAAAAGAAUUCCCUCUCCCUGCUGGAUGCUACAAUUUAGAUGACCUUCGGGAAUAUGGCCAUCAAAAAGGCUGGUGCCCGUAUUUCCUAGCACGACACGCUGUUUUACAGGCAAAUGUUGUAGUAUACAGCUACCAUUAUCUGUUAGAUCCAAAGAUUUCUGAAAUUGUAUCGAAAGAAAUGAAGAGUGAAGCGUGUGUUGUGUUUGAUGAAGCGCAUAAUAUUGAUAACAUUUGUGUAGACUCCAUGAGUAUCAGUAUCAACAGAAAGGUUUUAGACAAAGCCAAAAAUUGCAUAUCCACUUUACAUGAUCACAUUCAGAGAAUAAAGGAAUCUGAUAGCAAUCGUUUGCAAGAUGAGUACAACAGAUUAGUUGCAGGCCUUCGUCAGGCAGCAAGAAGUGAAGACGUGGUAGCUAAUCCAGUUCUUCCUCAUGAUAUAAUUGAGGACAAUAUACCUGGGACGAUCAGAACAGCAGACUUUUUUGUAUCAUUCAUGAGGCGCUUAGUAGAUUUUCUAAAACAUCGACUUACUGUAACCCAUGCUGUUCAAGAAUCUCCAGCUGGUAUACUCAGGGACCUGAAAAAUCGUGCAUUUAUUGAACGAAAACCAUUGAGAUUUUGCUCAGAACGACUGUCUUCUAUUGUAAGAUCACUAGAGCUAACUGAUGUGUCAGAUCUGGCUCCUCUUGUUGCUGUUGCUCAUUUUGCUACUUUGGUGUCCACAUAUCUACAAGGAUUCACAGUGAUAAUUGAACCUUUUGAGGAUAAAGCACCUAAUAUUCCAAAUCCAAUACUGUACUUGAGAUGUCUUGAUUCUUCCCUUGCCAUCAAACCAGUUUUCACUAAGUUCCAGACUGUUGUCAUCACAUCUGGAACGUUGUCACCUUUGGACAUGUAUCCCAAAAUUUUAGAUUUCCAUCCUGUUAUACAGAAUUCUUUCACCAUGACAUUGGCUCGCUCAUGUAUCCUUCCAAUGAUUGUAACUAAGGGUAAUGAUCAAGUUGCCAUUUCCUCAAAAUUUGAGUCACGUGAUGAUCCUGCUGUUGUAAGGAAUUAUGGAAAAUUACUUGUUGAAAUGGCAACCAUAAUUCCUGAUGGAAUGGUGUGUUUCUUUACCUCCUAUUUGUAUUUGGAAAAUGUUGUGGCAACAUGGUAUGAUCAUGGAAUCAUAAAUGAUUUGCAGCGCCAUAAACUGGUAUUCAUUGAAACUCAAGAUGAUGCAGAAACGUCUCUUGCUUUGUUAAAUUACAUGAAGGCUUGUGAUAAGGGUAGGGGAGGCGUUCUCCUUGCCGUUGCUAGAGGGAAGGUCUCAGAAGGAAUUGAUUUUGACCAUCACUAUGGACGCUGUGUAAUUAUGAUGGGGAUACCAUUUAUGUAUACUCAGAGUCGAAUUCUUAAAGCUCGCUUGGAGUACCUGCGUAGCCAGUUUAAUAUUCGAGAAAAUGAUUUUUUAACCUUUGAUGCUAUGAGGCAUGCAGCACAGUGCGUAGGACGAGUUAUGAGAGGGAAGACUGACUAUGGAAUAAUGUUGUUUGCUGAUAAGCGUUUCUUCAGAGCGGACAAACGAAAUAAGCUACCGCGAUGGAUUCAAGAAUACCUUACUGAUCAUGCCAGUGAUCUUUCCACAGAAGAAGCAGUGCAGAUGAUCAGACCAUGGCUGCGGCAGAUGGCUCAGCCAUUCACUCGUGAUGAUCAGCUUGGAGUGUCCCUUCUUACCUUAGAACAGUUGAACUCAUUAGAAAAUGUAGAGAAAGUUCAAAGGAGAGCACAGCAGACAAUGUAAAUUUGUUUUUAUCUCAGAGAAUAUUUUGGUAAAGUGAGCUAAACACAUUAAACUUGAUAAUAUAACUUUCA